CAAAGUUUCUCUGUGAGGAGAAAAACACGGAGCUGAAAGAGUUCCUCCUCCUGCUCCUCCUGCGGAGCAGCGGAAUGUGAGCCUGCGGACUUUGUGUCUCCUUCCCGCCGUCGACAUGUUCCCUCCGCUCCGGUUCUCCUCCUCCUCCUCCUCCUCCUCCUUCUCCUCCUUCUCCUCCGCGGCUGUUUGUGCAGCUCUGCUGCUGGGGAGCUGUGUGUGUGUCUCGGAGGAGGACGGAGAGCUCCUGGAGGAGAAGCAGCUCCUGGACUUUUACAAGAAGGGAGUGUUUAUCCUGGAGAGCGAGCCCCUGAGGCGCUGCAUCACGGUGGACCGCUCUAACCUGGUUCUGGAGGACUGCGAGCGGCCCACGCGCCGCAUGUUGUGGAAGUGGGUGUCCCGCCACCGGCUGUUCAACCUGGGCACCAGCAGCUGCCUGGGCCUCAACGUCUCCGACGCCACGCAGCCGCUCGGCACCUUCGAGUGCGACACGGCGCUCCCCGUGCUGUGGUGGCGUUGCCAUGGCAACACGCUGUCCGGAGCGUCCCAGUGGAAGGUGGCGGUGGCCGGACGGCUGGUGGUGGUGAAGAAGAACUCCUACCAUGAGUGGAAAAGGUACAACACGCCCAGAGAGGGGCCCUGCUCGUACCCCUAUGAAGAUAUACACACUUUGUUGGGAAAUGCACAUGGAAUGCCCUGUGCUUUGCCCUUCAAAUACAACAACAAGUGGUACUAUGAGUGCACCACUGAAGGGCGGGAGGACCACCGGCCCUGGUGCGCCACCACCACCCGCUACGACCAGGCGGAGAGGUGGGGCUUCUGUCCAGUAAAAGAUUACAGUUGUGAGCGUUUCUGGGAAUCGAACCAGGAGCUGCGAGCGUGUUACCAGUUCAACCUGUACACCAUCCUCACCUGGAGCCAGGCGCUGUCCACCUGCCAGGCUCAAGGUGGGAACCUGCUGAGCAUCAGCAGCCUGGCGGAGCACAGGUACAUCACAGAUCGGCUGGCUAGUGUUGGAACGAUGGUGUGGAUCGGGCUGAACCACCUGAAGGACGGGCGGGGGUGGCAGUGGUCUGAUGGAGCUCCUCUCUCACUGGUCAACUUCACCACAGCGCUGCCUGCCAGCCCGCUGCAGGACAACAGGCAGUGUGGCGUCUACAGCUCGGCCUCGGACGGCGCCUGGCGGAGUCUGUCCUGUGAGUCUGCUCUGCCCUACGUCUGUAAGAAGACGCUGAACGCCACCGGCAGAGCGCCGCCGCUCGAGAGCUGGCAGUACGUCCCUACAGAGUGUGCUGAUGGCUGGUGGCCUCAUAACGCUUUCUGCUACCGGCUGCUGCCAGAGACUGAAGCAGGGAGCUGGGAGGAGUCCUCCCGGGCCUGCAGCUCUCAGGGAGCUAACCUCACCAGCCUGCGCUCUCUGGCGGAGGUGGAGCUGCUGCUCAGCAUCCUGACCAACUAUUCUGGGGAGAGUACGGCGGUGUGGAUUGGUCUCAUGAAACAUGCAGCGUCUCCGAGCGUAGAGUGGUCCGAUGGCUCCCCAGUAACUCUGACCCUGUGGCACCAGUACCAGCCUCCACCCAACCUGACGGAGGCAGCACUCUGUGCCAAAGCAGACAAGAAGGAAGGUAACUGGCUCCUGGUGCCGUGUGAUGAGCGGCUGCCUGCUGUGUGUCGGAGAGAAAGCCAGAGUCCUGUUCUCCAGGCUGGGACCUGGGACGAAGGCUGUCCCGAGGGCUGGAAGCGUCAUGGCCGCUCCUGCUACACAGUGACCAGCCACCAGCAGAGCUACGAAGAUGCUCUGAUGGGAUAUUACUGCAGAGCGCCGCUCCUCACGCUGGAAAACAGGUUUGAGCAGGCGUUUGUGGACAGCCUGCUGAGAGCCAGCGGCAGCAACAGCAGCAGGUAUUUCUGGAUCGGUCUGAAGGACGAGGAGAGGAAAGGAGAGUACAGCUGGAUUCCUCACAACGGCUCCUCGCUUCCUCUCACCUUCACUAACUGGAACAAACACCAGCCAGUCAGCUCUGGGGGCUGUGUUGCUCUGUCAGGAGGUCCUGCUGUGGGUCGCUGGGAGGUGAAGGACUGUAAGAGCUUCAGAGCCUCGUCAGUGUGUAAGCAGAGCAUCAGUAGUUACCAGGACGUCCUGCUGCCGGAGCACCACAUCGACGCCUACGCCCCCUGCCCUCCAGGCUGGGACUCACACUCUGGGCUGCUGCACUGCUUUAAGGUGUUCCACGAUGAGAAAGUCCUGAUGAAGCGUUCGUGGGUGGAAGCGGACUUCUUCUGCCAGGCCCUCGGGGCUCAGCUGGCCAGCUUCCACCACUAUGAGGAGCAGGUGUUUGUUAAGCAGCUCCUCAGUACCAUGUUUGAAGGAACAGAGGGUCGCUGGUUCUGGGUGGGUUUAAAUAAAAGAGACCCUGAAUAUCCCGGAGCCUGGGAGUGGUCCGAUGGUUCCCCUGUGGUGACCUCCUUCGUGGAGGAUAAGAACGAGGAGGAUGACAGCAGGGACUGUGCGGUGUACGGUGACCUGACCAACACUCUGACUCCUCAGCCCUGCAGCGCCAAACACGAGUGGAUCUGCAAGCUGUCCAGAGGUGAUAAACUGAAGAAACCCUAUUGGUACACUGAGCAAAGCGAGCCGUGGGUGUUUUACCGCGGAGCAGAGUAUCUUCUGGCCAAGCAGCCGUUUGACUGGAGCGCCGUGUCUCUGGCCUGCCAGAUGAUGGGAUCCGACCUGCUGUCCAUCCACUCCAGAGACGAGCUGCACUUCGUCAGGGAGCGCAUGAGGCGGCUCUCCUUGGGCCCGACCGACUGGUGGAUCGGCCUUUCCAUCGGCCAGCCUGGAGAGGAGCCCAGGUGGACCGACAAGACACACAUAGACUUUGAGAACUGGGUGGAGAAGACGGGCCAGAAGAAGAGCGGGCUGUGUGUCACCAUGUCUUCUUCAACAGGGAGGUGGUCGCCCAGUAAAUGCAGCGACUUCCAUGGUUACGUCUGCAAGAGGAGGACUGUGUCCGUGGUGGAGACGCCCAGAGAGCCGCACUACAUCGGAGGAUGUCCGGAGAAAUGGCUCUACUUCGGACACAAGUGUCUGCUGCUUCACCUCCCUGACAGCCCGUCGGAGGGGAAGAGCUGGAGAGAUGCCCAGUCCAUCUGCUCCUCCUUCGCUGGUUCGCUGGUCGCUAUAGAAGACGAGAUAGAACAAGCCUACAUCACCAUGCUGCUGCAGGGAAGCUCUGUGGGUGUGUGGAUCGGUCUGCGGGACGAGGAUACGAUGAAAUGGACCAAUGGGAAAUCAGUCAGCUUCACCAACUGGUCUCCAAUAGAACCAAAGAGCUACCUCACUGAGGACGAGUGGCUCGGCGGCUUCUCUGAUGAGCCGUUGUGCACCGUUCUGUCCAACAACCACAACUUCCACCUGACGGGGAAGUGGUACGAUGAGAAGUGCAGCGAGGGAGGGUACGGCUUCGUCUGCCAGAAACCUCAAGAUCCAUCCAAGCCCCCCACCCACUCCUACCACCACCCUCUCCCUGACACCAUCGAGUACCGCAGCCGCAGCUACCGGGUGGUGUCAGGCAACCUGAGCUGGUACGACGCCAUGCAUAUGUGCAUAGAGAAAGAUUCUGAGCUAGUGAGCGUUACAGAUGCCUACCACCAGGCUUUCCUUACUGUGCUUGUCAACAGAUUGGCCGUCCCCCACUGGAUCGGACUCUAUAGUCAAGACAGCGGCAUCAACUACCAGUGGUCUGACGGCAGCGACACCGUGUUCACGCACUGGGACGCCGCCGACGACCAGGACGACCUGCUGGCGGGGGAGUGCGUCUUCAUGGACGUGAGCGGCGGCUGGCGGCGAGCCGACUGUGAGACGGAGCUCCACGGAGCCCUGUGCCACGCCCACACACCCAGCAGUAAACCGUUUAUCUCGUACGAGGGCGCCUGUCCCUCCUCCUGGGUGAAGUUCGGACACGGCUGUUACAACUUUGAGCCCGUGGUGCAGAAACUCACGUUUGAAGAGUCGAGAGAAUACUGCAGGCAGAAAGUCAACACGUCAGACGUUCUGACCGUGGAGAGUGAGACGGAGAACCGGUUUGUUCUGGAGCAGCUGUGGUCGUCGGGGCUGAUCCACCACGCCGUCUGGCUGGGAAUGCACUUCAACAUCGACACUGAGUCUCUGUCCUGGGUGGACGGUUCCCCUGUGGACUACACCAACUGGCCCAACAAGGCUCCAGACCCCCGGCUGCUGGCGGCGGACGCCUGCGUCACCACCCGGGUGGCGGACGGCGAGUGGCACCUGGCGCAGUGCAGCGAGCGGCUCGGCUUCGUCUGCAAAACCCUCUCAGACGUCGUUCCUGAGGUAGAAGUGGAGCCACUGAAUGGCUCCCAUCAUGGCGUGACGGCGGCGGCCGUGCUGGUGGCGGUGCUGAUCUUCGGCGUGCUGCUGGGCGCCGUCUGCUUCCUGUACCGGAGGAACGCGUCACGCUUCGGCGGGCUGCCGGCGCUGGGCGGAGCCUACUACCGACAGACCAGCUCUCAGGCCACCGAGUCAGACGGGAACGUGCUGAUCACAGAGCUGGAGGCUCCUCCAGGAGAAUAACACCAGUUAUUCACUCCUUUAUCCUCCUUCAGGUACGACAGGACUGAGACGCCUCAGCACCACGUGAUGAUGAUGAUGAUGAUGUUUCUUCCUCUACGCUGAGACGCCUCAGCACCACGUGGUGAUGAUGAUGAUGAUGCUUCUUCCUCCAGGAUGUUUGAAGGAUCCCAGUUCAUCUCUGCAGGUUUUAUUCUUUCACAACAUUUAAAUGACACAAAUGUUUGUGAGGAUAUUCAUCACGUCAACAAUGAAGAGCCCACAUUUAAUUUCUAGAGUAAAAGAAAGUUCAGAUAAAUGGAAAUCUUGAAGAAGGGAUUCUACAGCUUUUAUUAAAAGAGGACAUUUAUAAUCCUGCAGUAAGAGGAUUUAAUACGUUUAAAUUGGUAAACAUUAAAAAUCUGUGGAUCCUAAAGAGGAUUUACUCAACAAGUGAAAGGAAAAGUUGCUGCAAUCUGUUAAUGUAAAGUAACUUCCAGCAUCAUAAAUAAUAUGAAUGAGCUAAUAGAAAUGAGUGAUAAUAAUAAUAAUUCAGGAGUUCAGGAGCUGUUGGAGCUGCAGCAAUGUUGUCAGUAUUACUUUUGUAUUUUUAUUUUAUUUUUAUAAAUACACAUGCUGUAUAUGGAUAAAAGAGUCUUUUGUAUGUAAACUGUAACUGAUGAUUGAUUUGCUCUGUUGUUCACUUUUGUCUGAUGCAAUGUUAAAAGCAAAUUAUUAAAUGUAUUUUGCACAAUUUUCUUUGUGUUUUAAUAAACUGAAGUUAGGCCGAA